GGGCCCGGGCCUCUCAGAGGGUUUCGUUCUUGCGCUCUCCCCGGCAUGCUCUGCUUGUUUGACCAAAGAGGCCUCUCUCGACCGGACCGAGGCCUGCGGAGGAGGCUACGCGUUGCCACCCCCGCUCCUGGCCCUCUCCUCACUUUAUCCGUUUGCAGACCCCCCCCCCCCCAGGCUUUCUGUCUCGCUGUCCCGGCUGGGCCCGUCCCUCACCACACCUCACGACUGUGCCUCAAAAGCCUGCAUCAAUAAACGGAAACAGUUUGCACCGCUGCGGGCGUGCGCGCUCCGGGGACGCGCGUGGGUGUGGGAGCGCUUGCGUCGGGCCACCUCCGGGGCAAGCCAGGCUCCUGUGACCCCCGGGCCGAGCCCCUCCUCCCCACGCCUGCCCCCGAAAGGGCCACGCUUGGGCCCGGGUCUCGGCCGGGAGGCUACCGGGUAGGGUCCGGAAUCGGAUUGUGCCAAGGUGUUGUGCGGGGCUCCAACCGCAGCCCAGAUACGGGGCGGUGGGGACGGGGGAGAGAGAAGGGCAUCUAGCGUGGGGGGCUGUAGAUUGCACUCUCCCUCGCGAGACCCGCAGCACCAUUCGGGAACGGGAUCCUGCCCCUCCCCGCUCCUGGAGCGUGACCCCUGGCUCCUCGCCCCGAGGCCUGUGGCGACUGGGUCCGUUGGGGCAGAACCAUGGAGGAAAAGCCUUUCAAAGCAUCUUUGGGCAGCCAUGGCUCAGACAAGUCGAGCCCAGACAACGACAUCCGGAAUCUGUGGACCAGGGCCACGCUGUCGCAGCCGAAGCUGAAUGUGCCGCGGUCCAGUGUCGGCGAGGACUCAGACAUGGAGGGCAGCGGCGUCGGCAGCAAGUCCCGCCGGUGGUACAACCUGAAGGCCGGCCGCGACUCGGACGGUGCUUGGGAAGAAUGGGAUGACGGAGAGGACAAGGACAGUUUCAGACAGGAGGAUCUGGGCGAGUCCUCCUUGUUGGAGCUGGAGCUGCGUCGGGCCAGCUCCCUGGGAAGCCGUUUAGGGGAGGACGUCGAUUCCAAGACCGACACCGAAAUGUCUUCCUCAGAGUCAUCGCUUAAUAUCUCGAAGCACACACCCCAUCGAGCCUACUGGAUGGAGCAGCAGAACAGGCUGCCACUGCCUCUGAUGGAACUCAUGGAGAGUGAAGCUCUGGAAAUCCUCACCAAAGCCCUCCGGAGUGAGCCCCUUCCCCAGCUCCCACAAGAGACCCUGGGGGAUUCUGCAGGGUUUGGGCCUCUGGGAGUGGGGUUUCAGGACGUGUCUGCCUUGUCAGAUUCCCUUACUACCCACCAGUAUUCCAGGAGCCCUACCAAAAGUAAAAAAUUGGGGGACUGGGCACAGGGACACCCAGUGGGGAGAGCAUGAGGUGACCCUCAGGGGCCUGGGCGCCAGCCUUAGCACAGCCCCUCUCUAGCUGAUGUGGCUUUUCUAAAGCGGUUUCUCCAUUCCCCAGCGGGGAUGACAGUCUGUGUGUGGACUUGGCCCUCUCCCUCGGUGCUGUGAGGAACCUCUGGACAGUGGAUUAUUUGGGUCAAAGCCCCCUCAUUUGCCCUGCUUAUAAUAUAAGGCAGGGAUGCUGGCUAAUGGCUUAGAGUGGGUGGUCCAGGAGGUGUCCACAGAGCUGCCUGCUACCACUGUCCUGGUUCAGGCCUGCAACACUCUAACCUUGCCCUCACCCAUGCUCCACCUGACUCAUCCUCUUCUACAUCCCCCAUCUGUUUGGAGUACAGGUGUAUGACUUGACCUUUAAAAAAAACCCAAAAACUGUCAGGGCCAGCACCUUGGAGAUCCAAAGUUUCCCAGACUAACAGACCCGCGUGCCAAGCGCUCCUGCUACCCCAGAUCACCCGCGGUUCCUCAAAUCUCAGGUGCAGCACCACUGCUGGGGAGGCCAUGCUCCUGCUCACCGCCCUGAGCCGAGCUAUGCCCUCCAGGCUACCGGUCAGGUAUUGGCCGGGACCACUUCCUGACCAAGCAGCUGCAGCGAUACAUCGAGGGGCUCAAGAGGCGCCGGAGCAAGAGGCUGCACCUCUUGGUGCACUGAGAGCACCGCCUCGGGCUCGGGCUCGAGUGACAGACAGCCCGACUCCAGUCCCCGGCCCCUGUCCCGUCCCCAGAUCCAAGCCUGACCCUGUCCACGUGGAAUUUGAGUCCUAGAGAAAUAAAAGACUCUGUGCACGGUCGGCCCUAUUGGCUCCGCCUUCCCGGGACUCGAAAUCCAGGACUUCUUGCAUGUUUUAUGCCUGCUUCUCCCACCCGGGUCCAGCAGCUGUGUGGGGAUAUUGGAUCUGCGGUCCAAGAGCCCCGAUGGUGUAAUCUUGGGGGAAGGGCGAGAAGGUAAAGGGGCAGCGUCUCCCCUCUAGUUUGGGCAUGCUAGGCCCCGCCCCUCAUGCAUAUGCAGUUACACUAACCUCUCCGCUCGUCCCGCCCUCUCAUUUACAUAUGUAAGUCUUCUCCCUGCCCCGCAAUUGCGGCCCGCGAGCCACCUCGCCCACUUCUCUCCCGCACAGCGCGCUCCGCCUCCUUCGUUACGUAAGAGCGCUCUUGGUUCCAACCCCCUCCCGGAGCCUCUCCACGUCUCCUCUGGCCCCGCCCCCUCGGCCGCCGCCUUCACAAGUGCGCCGCUCCGGCUCGGCGGCGGUGGGCGGGACCUUCAUGAAGGACCGCCCCCUGGCUUUGCCGGCUCCGCCCCGACUGGUCCGGGCACGCAGGCGCUGCCCGCCCCUCUUGUCUGAUUAGCAUAGGGCGCCG